AUGGAAGCCCUUCGCAACAUGCAGGCCGCUGAAUUCGUAAGAACGACUCGUAUUUCAGACGGUGGCCAGCGAUUGGACCAAGAGGUGCCACCUACUGAGUUGGUGACCGGUGACAUCAUCUUCUUGGAGCCUGGUCAGCGGGUCCCCGCGGAUGUGAGAAUCAUCCAUUGCAGCACUGGCAUGGAGGUCGACAAUGCGGCACUGACAGGCGAGACGAUACCUGAACCUCGCAGUGCCAACGCCGAGCUGCCUGCAGUGCCGGCCACAGAGGCCGAGGGGCAUCCGAAAUCGAGAGCAUGUUGGGACAGGGAGGGACGGAGGAGGCCCCUGACGAAGGCUCACUGCCUGGCCUUCUUUGGCACCUCGGUGCUGAAGGGAACUGCAACCUGCGUCGUCUGUGCCACCGGUGAUGGCACCUUCUUAGGCCAAAUCGCGAAUACCAUGAAGAAGGGCUCGCCCCGUUCUUCGCUGGAAGUGCAGAUGGAAAGCUUCGUGCACACCAUUGCAAAAGUUGCGGGUGGAGUGGCUGCAUGCGUUCUCCUGGCAAAUCUGGCGCCACCCCUGAACAGCACAGAGGCCAUCAAGACCAGAGCUAGGCCCCGAUGGCUUCCCAGUGCCUGCUCGGUAGCAUUUGCGGGCACUUUGAAGGUUUUGGCCCUGGGGAAGAAGCUGCUUCACCGCCCUUGUCUUCAGUCUCGCCUCGUUCGACCCUGCACGGCGUCGCCGAAGGAAUCCGAGCCACUUGUGCACCCUGUCUUCGUUUCAGAGAUGGUGCCGCACCUGACGAGCAACGGCCGCUUCGAGUUGGCAAUCCUUCCGGACCCAGACUUUCCGGACUGCCAGCUUUCUGUAGUGGUCAGAUCAGGGGAGUUCUACAAAGGAGAUCCUGCUUUCUUGGUGGUGGUCGGAGCUCAGCUUCCGGAGAAGCUUGGAAAGGCCUCCGGCUGGGACGGGCUGCUUUCCGAGAGCGGCUUCGUCGUGAAGCCAACUCACUUCGGAAGACAGUAUUUGUCAAACGGGCUGCUUUUGCCAAGGACUUUGGUGGAGGAUUUUGCUCCGGAAGAUGCCUUACUUGACCCUCGAGCUUUGACGACAGCACUGAGAGUCGAAGGGCCUCCAACUCGAUUUCGUGCUCAGAGUUUCCUCCUGGAAGUUGGGUUCGAUGGGUCAUGCUACUAUGGCUCGCAGAGCACAGGUGCUGAAGAGUCGCGCCCGACUGUGCUCGGCCAGAUCAUGCAGGGUGCCGAGAAGCUUGGCUGGGUUUGCGCGCAGCCGGGUUCGCGAACGGGUCGCAGCCAGUGGGCCUGCCUGAGCCGUGUAGAUGCCGGUGCGAGCGCUCGCAGCUUCCUCUUGACAACACCACCUCUGCUCAAGCCGCUGGCGAACGAGUUGCCAGGUCCAAUCGAGGCAGCUCGUGCGCUGUCCUCGGAGCUCCCGGCCAGCAUUCGCAUUCAUCGAGCGCUGCUUAGACCUCGGGGCGUGAAUCUGCGCCACACCCACAAUGUGACCAGAGAAUACGGUUAUUUCUUUCCUCUCCGGUGGAUAGACGGGGACAUCGAGGGCCUUCGGGAGAUACUUCAGCAGUUUACUGGUGACCACUGCUUUGCCAAUUUCACGGAGUUGAAGAAGUUGGAAGGGCUGAAGAAGAAAAUUCAGCGAAGUCCCCAGCUCCAAUCAUGGGCUCAUAGUCUCCAAAGCUGGAAGAGGUCGAGGCGGGAUGCCAACUACAGCGCUGACGCUGGAGCAAUUUCAUCUUUGCAGGUGCACAGAUCCAUGCGAGCAGCGUGUGAGCGAACCGUUCUCAGGGCACAUGCAGAGAAGAUUCCCGGGACCCAUUUGGGCUGCAUCCAGGUGCAAGGUGAUGGAUUCCUAUACAACAUGGUGCGAUAUAUUGCUGGCUCUGCUUUGGCCGUUCACUCCGGGAAGCUUGCUGCCGCCACCCUGCAAGCUGCUCUAGCAUCAUUUCUCGCAGUGGAUCUUUCCGAACAUCUGGCACCAGCCACGGGCCUUGUGCUCUUACGCCAAUACACAGAGGAGGAGUGGUUAUCCCUGAGAUCACAGGAGGCGGAAGCAUCUGCAGAAGAUUUCAUGAGGCAGCAGCUGCUGCCAAGGAUUGAGGGGGCUUGGAUGUCUGCAGGUGACGUGAGGCGAGCGGAGAAACCGGAUAGCAUCGUCCAGGAUGUCCAGGCAUGCUCGGCCGGUGAGGCUAUCAAGUGCCACGGAAAUCCGCGGCAGGCUGCCUUUCAUUAUGGGCUUGGAGGGCCCAAGGGCUUGGAGGGCCAGGCAUGGCUGCAGAGCCCUGCCUUGGAAGUGACUGGGGACGGUGCUUCCGUCUUUUGUUCCGACAAAACUGGAACAUUGACGACUGGCGAGAUGACAGUGCAGCACGUUCUGGUACCGGCCGCAGGUGGAGCUUCACUUUUCAGCAUGCAGCAGCUGCAGGCUGAAGUUGUUCGAGGAGACGUGCGCUUGCAGCAGCUUGCAGCUGCUGCACUUACGAACAACAGUGUUCAGGCUUCGUCUGGGGCUGGCGCUGCCCAGGUGGUGGGCUCCCCCACUGAAGUCGCCAUUUGUAGAGCAGCUGCAACUAUGCUGGGAAAGCCGCUGAAAGAGGCGGUGGCUUUUCCUGCGCGCAAGGAUGUGGUUUUCGACAUUCCGUUCAACUCGGAGAACAAGUGGAUGCUUACGGUGCACAGACUUGGGUCAGAGGACCCUUCUUACGAGGUGAUCGUGAAGGGUGCGCCUGAGAGAGUGCUGGAAUUGUGCACGGCCGACGAGCAAAUUUUCAGCAACCUGCGCAGCUGGGAUGCAACUGUCUGGUUUCAUCAGUCGAAAUGGAGUUGCACGCUGCUGCCGGCUGUUGUGUAUCGUGUGUGCCGAGGAAGCCUCAUGGACAGGGGACUGCGCGUGCUUGCCCUGGCUGGACGAAGACUCAGUGCCCAAGACAUUCCACACAAAGGCGAGUUCCAAGGUGGCGACCUGAAUAGCUGCAACUUCCCUUUGCAAGACUGUAGCUUUCUCGGCUUCUUCGCGAUGGAGGACCCUCCGCGUCCAGGCGUCCGUGAAGCUGUUGAGAAGGCUCACUCCGCAGGUGUCAAGGUGGUGAUGGUCACAGGGGAUCAUGGGGACACCGCCAAAGCCAUCGCCAAGAGAUUGAACAUCCUCUCUAGCACGACGAAGCUAUCCCGGGAGAGCGAGCGCUUUCAGGAGUUGGACGAGUUUCUGCCGCUCGACGAUGGGUUUGCUCGUCUUGAGUCAGACGGCAAGGAGUUCUGGCGCGAAGCGGUUGUGCACACGAGGGUGUUUGCCCGCGUUUCGCCUUUGCACAAGCGGAUCAUCGUCCAGGCCUACCAAACCUUUGGCCAGCAGGGCUUUGGCGAUGUCGUUGCAAUGACUGGAGACGGCGUCAAUGAUGCGCCAGCUUUGAAGCAAGCCGAGGUGGGGAUUGCCAUGGGGAUCCGGGGGACGUCUGUGGCGCAGGAUGCUGCGGACAUCAUUCUGCUCGAUGACAACUUCUCUUCUGCGAUCUCAGGCAUGGAGCAGGGUAGACUUGCGAGUGAGAACUUGCAGAAGUCGAUCAUGUAUACGCUGUGUUCCAAAGUGCCGCAAGCGUUACCUGCUUUCUUCGAAGUCUUCGGACUGCCUGAAGCACUUGCCGCAGUGCAGGUCUUGCUUAUCGAUAUUGGCACGGACAUUUGGACUGCAGUCGCCUUUGCAGCUCAAGGUCCCGAAACUUCGCUGAUGAACAGAUCACCACGGCAUCCACGACUGGAGCGCAUGAUAAGCUCAAAGAUCCUGUUGUACAGUUAUGGCUAUAUCGGGGUGCUGCAGGCUGUAUUCUGCUGGAUGAUGUACUUUUUGGCCACCGAAGGACUCGCCAACCAAAUACGGACGCAUGACGACCUGACAUACUACACGCCGGAGGAGACAAUGUGGCAAAAAGUCUUGGAGAAGCGGGGUAUGACCGUCUACUACUGGACGCUGGUGCUUGGGCAGGUGGCGGCUGCGCUGGCCUCUACGACCAAGCGGCAGCCACUUUUUGGUUCAGGUGGCUACGGCUUUCCGAACCAAAUCCUCAACAUCACUCUUUGCUGCGAAGUGGUGCUGAGCCUCAUGGUGAUGCACAGCUCCACGCUGAGGGGAGCUUUCGAGAUGGAGCGCCUCGAUUUCUGGCCUUCGCUGGUGUUGCCCGUCUUCGCACUGCCUGGCAUCCUCGCUGUAGAGGAGGGUCGCAAGCGCUUCGGCCUGGGCUUUUCCUUCUUGCAUUGUUUAACAAAGGCGUUUUGGCAGGGGUUUGAGCCGCGGCUGACGUGCAAGGGGCUGUCUAUGACCGCCCGCUGGCGCGCGUGUUGGCUGCUGCUGCUCCUGCAUGUAUGCCCAAGGAGCGUGCUGGCCUACCCCUGCGAGGCAGAAAUCGCAUCAGCUUGCCCCGACAGUCCAAAAUCAGACCUGGUAACAUGUCUGAAGGAUGCAGGCCAACACGAGACACCGACCGAGAUCUCUUCCGAAUGCACUGAUUUUAUGGCGCUCAACUCAGCCUGCGCAGACGAGAUAGAGCAGCUUUGUGACGAGGAGUUCUUUGCCGAGGAGACCAUGCCCUGCUUGAUGAGAUACCGUGCUUCUGACGAGGAGAUUUCGGAGAAAUGCCAGUCGGUGAUGCGUUGGGCGCUCCCUGCAGACGAGGAGGAGGCCGAGGCUGUGACCGACGAGUUGGGUAUGUCAGAGAAGGACCGACAGGAAAAGGAGGAGUGGCGCGAGAAACGGAAGAAGGAACGCGAAGCAGCCAUUGAACGGAUGAAGAUGAAGGAGGUUGAUGCAAAGAAGGAAGCAGAGAGAAGAGAGCUGGAAAAGUUCAAGGAAGAGAACCCUGAGGCUUUUGCGGACAUGAAGAAGCAGCAGGAAGAGGAACAGAGACAACAGGCCGAGCAGAAGAAAAGGGAAAGGCUUAUGAAGGCUGCGUGGGAGCGGAAGAAGCGGAUUGAGGCUGGUGAAGACCCAGAUGCAGAAUCAGGGCCCUCUCCUCCGAGCAGGGGCUCCGCCGGCCCGAGCAGAAAGCCGAAGGCUUCGAGCUCCUGGUACAGCACGAUCGCCGCCUUGAUCGUUUUGGUCGUCAUUGCUGGAAUAGGUUAUGUUGCAGUCACAGGCACAGGCAAAGCCGCUGGAGCUGGCGGAGGCCGUGGCGGAAAGGGAAAGAAGAAGAGCUUUGGCUGCAGAUCGGCUCCCACAAACACGGCGCAGAAACAUCGCAAAUGUGUCACCGAGGAGAUGACCGCAACGAGGUUCUUCAGGUUCAUGCUGCCUGAUGCAGGCUCCGUGGCGCUGGAGCUUGCGCGUGGUUGUGCUCAGAACAGCUUUUUUUCAGGCCUGCAGCCUGGUCUGAUGCCGACUGCUAUGGCGAGCCUGGGAUAUGCCGUGCCUUGA